GCUGAAGAUGCAAAGAAAGACCAUUUCGCCACGAGCAAGAGCAUGGCGACCCUCGCGCCGUUCAACCCGACGGGCGCCGGUGCCAUCGACGUCGCCUUGCGCCUCCUUGCGCCAACGAAGGACGACGUCGUCUACGACAUUGGCUGCGGCGACGGGCGGCUCCUCGUGGCCAUUGCCUCGCAGUGCGGCAGCCGCUGCAUCGGCAUCGAAUGCGACGCCAGCCUCGUCCAGCGCGCGCACGCCUUGAUCCACGCGCAUGGCGUGAGCGACCGCGUCACGAUCCGCCAAGAAGACGCGACGACGUCCGACUUUUCCGACGCGACGCUCCUCUUUCUCUACCUCGUGCCCAAGGGCAUCCAGGCCAUGCUGCCCAUGCUCGAGGCCGCCAAGGCGAGUGGCGUCCGCAUUUGCACCAACAUCUUUUCGAUACCGUCGUGGCAGCCGACGGCCACAGGCGACUACAAGGGCACCAAGAUCUACUUGUAUGCGUAGCCGCGCUUUUCGACCGGCGCGAGCUGUGGGUUACCUAUACUAUUUAUUCAAACUUGUUCUUUGUAGUCCUUUGUCGUAGUGCAGAUAACACGACGAGGAGUUGUUGCUGUGGUCUUCGUAGAUGGCCUCGCAACCUCUUCCGUUAGGGCUGUGCUAAAGCGUCCGACGCGACGCGAGCCGUUGCAGUCGCGUCUUGCCGCUUCCGGCAACGUCAGCAUGACAACUAUGGUCGUCGUGUCGAGUGUACCUCGCUGGCCGUAGUUUAGAGUGAAUCGACAUAAUGGGCUGGCCUUUCUCACAGCGAUGGAACUCGUCACAUAAUGAACAAGUCCUUUAGAACUUGUG